AUGGUCCUCGCCAUGGCCGACGACAGCCUGCCGUAUGACGGUGUGGCGUACAACAGCGAGAAAUACGAGAGCCGAGUUCACCGUGAGCUCGAGGCCGACGAGGCCGAAAGUACUUUCCAGGACUCCAGAAUCGACGAGGGCGAUUCGGACGGUGUCCAGCUACUUCAGCUCAGUCCCCUCGCUCAGCUCGUUGACGACCUCACCUUCAACAUGGUCAACAUUCCCGCUCCUCCCUGGUUCAUCAACCUUGACUUUGGUGCGGUCUUCGCCGAACGCCCUUCUUACGACAGCAUCGCUGCUUGCUCGCCUCUGACCUUCCCUCCCAACCUCUAUGAGGUAUUCACUUCCUCCACACCUCCUUCGAUCGACUAUUUCAAGUCGUUACCUCCAGCCACUCCCACGCUAUGGGGCAUCUACGCGAUCGUCAUGGCAAAGUCUGGCUGUGAGGAUGGUCUAUACAUUGGCUCUGGGACGAACAGUGACCAUGGUGUCCUUGUUAGGGUCAACCAGUACAAGCCAGGCGGUAGUGCGCUACCUCGCUUCGUCAAAAGGGCUUUCGAGCAAGGCUACCACGUCGCACACCGUGGCCUACUCUGCUCUUCACCUCUACCUACCCCAGGCCUUGCUCCAAGGGUGAGAGCCCGCUUCCUAGCCCUCGAAGCUCUCUUCACUGCUCUGUUCUUUGCCUCCAUCCCCGCCAUCACCGACUCAUACUUCGAGCAUCUCCUUCUGUGGGAGCGAGACAUAGUCACAUGGAAACCCUUAUGCUCUCACUUGCCCCUCAACGAGGGCAUAAUGGGUGACCUUCACAUGAGUAUCGAGGAGCUCGAAUUGGUCGCUGCUAAGCGCCGGGAAAGGGCUUCCUCACCCACUCGUCUGGCUGUGUUUGCAAGGCGAUCCGCCAGGAACAGGGAGGAGGCCAAGGCUACCGGCAUGUACCACUGUGAUGUCUGCGACAUCGAUUUGCAGGGUCCGCUAGCACUCGACAAGCACUUGAAGUCCACCUGGCAUGCUGAUCGGGUGGCUGGCGUCCCGAUACCCGAUCCUCACAAGUACAACGACAACCUCAAAGCUCAGCGUGCUGCCCGCAAAGCGAACAAGGAACACUGGUGCUCGGUCUGCAACAAGGGCUUCGGCGAAGACUGGUCCCUCACACGCCAUAAGGAAGGCACCCGUCACAAGGCCCGCGCGAAGAAGGCCCGUGAGAAGAAGGCCCGCUCGAAAGGGCUUUCCGAGAAAGGGCUUUCCGGGCUCUAA